AUGCGUUAUAUAGACAUAGAGGAGGAGGAUCUUCUUAUCCAGUGUGAUACAUUUGAGGAGUUCAAGAUAGAAGAUGAUGAGGAAUUAUUAAAGAUAUGUGAUGGGAUAAACAUGAACGAUCAUCAUGAGGUCUUUUCAUCUCUCUUCAAUAAACUGCCCUCUUGGCUCGGGCAGGCCUCCCCGCAAGACGGUGAAGACACCAACAUUGAGAAUGAAGAAGCUGAACUGGCAGAAGCUGCCAUCCAACGUGGUGAGAGCUCCAACGAAGAGGUGACUGCCAUGGUCCAGAACGGGGACCGGGCCAAAUUCGACGUUGAGGUUCUGAAGCAGUUGCUGAAGCUUCUGCCUGAAAAGCAUGAGAUAGAAAACCUGAAGGCCUUCAAAGAAGAGAAAUCAAAGCUAGCGAAUGCAGAUCAGUUUUAUCUUCUCCUCCUUCAGAUUCCCAGCUACCAGCUGCGCAUUGAGUGUAUGCUGAUCUGCGAAGAGACCACCGUUGUGCUGGAUAUGAUUCAGCCAAAAGCUGAAGCUAUCCGGAGAGCCUGUGAAGAUCUUCUGAACAGUCACCGCCUGCCGCUCUUCUGUCAGCUGAUUCUCAAAGUUGGAAACUUUCUGAACUACGGAAGUCACACAGGCGAUGCCGACGGGUUUAAAAUCAGCACUUUACUCAAACUAACAGAAACCAAAGCAAACCAAACCCGCAUUACGCUGCUCCACCAUAUUCUGGAGGAAGUAGAAAACAGCCACACGGACCUACUGGAACUGCCAAAGGAUCUUGAAUAUGUUUCAAAAGCAGCAGGAAUUAAUCUUGAUAUUAUACGUACGGAGUCCAGUACCAAUUUAAAGAAGUUGCUGGAGCUUCAGCGAAAAGUCUUAUCAUCAAAUGAUGAUGUGAAACAACAGUAUGAGAAACCUAUCCAGGUCAUUAAGAAGGGGGUGGUGAAGCAGGAGGAGGUGUGCGUCAUCGAUGCGCUGCUAGCCGACAUAAGGAAAGGGUUCACGCUGAGAAAGACGAAGAACAGACACGAGUCGGAUGCAAUUCCUAAAACCUUGCCCGUGGAGAGCCCAGAGGACAGCCAGUCUGCAGCAGCAAAGCAGAUCGAUGAUAAGACCAAGCAAAACAACAGUGGUCAUCCCUCGGAAAGCACUCCCCCCUCAACCACUGCCCUGAUGGAGACCAGUGGAGAUGUUACAAACGCCUCAGCUUCAAACCAGGCGUUAUCUGAAAACAAUGCUGGAGGAAAUUUGCCACCAGCAUCACGGACGGAAAGCCCCUUGGUAAGCUUGGUGGAGGCUGACGGGGCCAGUCAGCCCACGCCAGGUGCCGGGAUGGAGCAGGCAGAGAGUUGGGCAAGCCUCCAGCCCAGCACAACGAGCGGCUCCGUUGCCUUCUCUGCUGCUAACAUAGGCACAGGGAUAAGGUUUGGGAGCAGCAGUUCGGGCACUGCUCUGAGAGACCAACUCAAUGGGUCCAUCUCAGAAGGCCAGGAGAAGGAAUGCCCAGCUGAUGGCUCGGAGAGCUACAGGCUGGCGCAGGAGCCAGAAACCCGGCUGAGCGGGACCGGAGUUGACCCUGGCAGCACUCAUUACGCUCCCUGCGAUGAGGCUGAUCGGGCAGAGUCAAAAGAGAUGGUGAAGGAAAAUGAAGACCCUGGUACAGACUCGCUGUUGGACACCUCUCAAGAGAAGUCCUUCUCGGAGGAGCCAGCCACCGACUCCUCUUGUUCGGCAACGCUCCCCCCAGGGCAAACUCACACCGACAGGGAAAAGCAGAGGCCAUCUGGGAAACGGAGGAAGAAGAAGAGGCACAGCAAAAGCUACUCAGAAAGCCACUCCAUGUGGGCUGUGACACCAAGCAGCAGCAAGGAGCUUGUAGAGCCUGACUACGCAAGCUUGGAGCUACUUUUCUCUGUUCCACCAACAGCACCUAAGGAGAAAACAGAGCCAAAAAUGAAGAAAACAAAAGAGGUCACUUUCAUAGGUCCAAAGAAAAGCCUCCUUUUGAGUAUAUUUCUGAAGCAAUUUAAGUGCUCCAAUGAAGAGAUUGCUGCCAUGAUUCAGAAAGGGGAUAGAUCCAAGUUGGAUGCUGAGAUACUGAAGCAGCUAUUUAAACUGCUGCCUGAAGACCAUGAGAUAAAUGGCCUCAAAUCUUGCAAAGAAGAAAAAUCAGAACUAGCAAAUGCAGACCGGUUUUAUCUCCAUCUCUUGGAAGUUCCUAGCUACCAGUUGCGGAUUGAAUGCAUGCUGAUUUGCGAGGAAACAAAAAUUCUGCUGGAGUGUCUGUGGCCAAAAGCACGAGCCAUCAGGACAGCCUGUGAAACACUUCUUACCAGUCACCGACUGCCAGUUUUCUGCCAAUUGAUUCUUAAAGUUGGAAACUUUCUGAACUAUGAGGUUGAAAAAAACCAUACAGAUCUGCUGCAGCUUCCCACGGAUCUUGACUUUGUUUCCAAGGCAGCAGGAAUCCACUUUGAUGCUGUGCAGGCUGAGGCAGGUGCCAAUUUGAAGAGACUGUUGGAAAUAGAGAAGCGUUUAUUUUUGUCGACAGACGAUUUAAAAAUACAGCAUGAAAAAUCUCUCCAAGACAGUCUUGAUGCUUCAAAGGACCUGCAGAAGGAGUUUGCCACCAUUGAAAAGAAGAAGGAAGAACUUGCUGAUUAUCUUUGUGAAGAUCGAAAAAAAUUGUCUUUGGAAGAUGUAUUUAGCACAAUGAAAACCUUCAGAGAGCUCUUCCUCAAGGCCUUACAGGGUGGGAAUAACGCAGGCCAUACUGUGGUUGUUGAUGGGAAAGAGGAUGAUUUUCACCUGUUUCCUAGUGGCAUCAUUAAUCCAAAGGCAAUUUCUUUUAUUGGUAAUGGAGUGGUUAUACAUUUACCAGGCCUGUUUGAAGAAGCUGAAAAGAAUGAAAAGAAAGGUUUAAAAGAUUGGGAGAAAAGACUGAUUAUAUCAGAUAGAGCCCAUAUAGUGUUUGACUUUCACCAGGCAGUAGAUGGGCUCCAGGAAGUGCAACGUCAAGCACAAGAAGGAAAAAAUAUUGGCACCACAAAGAAGGGGAUUGGACCAACAUAUUCUUCCAAAGCUGCACGAACAGGUCUUCGAAUUUGUGACCUCCUUUCUGACUUUGAUGAAUUUUCCUCAAGAUUUAAAAAUCUGGCACAACAAUACAAAUCAAUGUUUCCCACAUUGGAAAUAGAUAUAGAAGGACAAUUGAAAAAGCUAAAGGGAUAUGCUGAAAAAAUAAGACCCAUGGUUCGAGACGGCGUGUAUUUUAUGUAUGAAGCUCUUCAUGGCUCCCCAAAGAAGAUUCUUGUUGAAGGAGCCAAUGCAGCAUUACUUGAUAUCGACUUUGGCACGUAUCCUUUCGUGACUUCAUCCAACUGCACCGUAGGUGGUGUGUGCACCGGGCUUGGUGUUCCUCCCCAGCAUGUCGGUGAUGUGUAUGGUGUGGUGAAGGCGUACACUACCCGGGUGGGAAUUGGAGCCUUCCCCACCGAGCAGAUUAACGAAAUUGGAGAUCUUUUACAGUCCCGUGGCCACGAAUGGGGAGUAACUACAGGCAGAAAGAGACGCUGUGGCUGGUUAGAUCUUGUCAUUUUGAAAUAUGCUCAUAUGAUCAACGGAUUCACUGCUUUGGCAUUAACGAAACUGGAUAUUCUUGAUGUCCUUGAUGAGAUUAAAAUUGGUGUUGCUUACAAAUUGGGUGGAAAAAGAAUUCCGUAUUUUCCAGCUAAUCAGGAGAUACUGCAGAAGGUAGAAGUAGAGUAUGAAACAAUGCCUGGGUGGAAGACUGACACAACCGGUGCACGAAAAUGGGAGGACCUCCCACCCAAGGCCCAGAAUUACAUCCGAUGUGUGGAGAACCAUGUUGGAGUGCCAGUUAAAUGGGUCGGAGUUGGAAAAUCAAGAGAGUCGAUGAUCCAGCUAUUUUAAACAAAUGAAGAACUUCAAUGAUGAGAAGCACGAUUUAGCGUUCGUCUGUUCCUUACUGCUUCCUCUUUAAAUGGAGAUGCUAUUUAAAACCAACAUGUUUUUCUAGGAAUUGAAUAGAAACAAAACAUAUAUUCUGUAUUGUUAAAUUUUAUUUAUCUUUAAGUUCUCAGUAAAUUCAGUGUAAAAUCUC